AUGACACAUCUGGCUUAUUUUUUAACUAUGCGUCUUUUGCUGAAAAUCCAAUGUCGGAUUUUAGACGAGGGGAGAAAGGCAGACGGAAUUUAUGUAUAUUUUCUCUUUUUAUAUUUACAACAGCCGAAACGCACGCACGUACACACACACGGCUGCGUGCGCCCACUUGAGGGUUACGCAGAGAUCUUCGUAAGCCGAGAUGAGAAUAUUCGUAAGAAACGCCCUACUACCAGCCUCUACACACGUGGCUUCGUAGUAUCAGAACUUGAAAAAAUACGCGGUAUAUCAUCUUCAACGAAAGGCUUGGACACAGUAAUCGGUUCGGCGGAAGUAGGUUGUUCUUCUCGAAGGCACUAUUGUACGCGAAAACAAAUGUCCGUCCUCCGAAAGAAUUAUAUCGCGUUUCGAACUAGCUUCCGAGCUAUUGUGUCCGUGAAUGUAUUUGCGAUGCGUCCCACAAGUCGUCUCCGAAGCUCCCAGAUUGGGCGAGUCGUUGUGAAUUACGAUUACGCGAAAUUAUCCCAUAACGAUCGAUAAGUUGAGUCGCUUCGACCGAUCGUUAA